AUGUCUACUACCACUCUGCCCUUCAGUGACAUUCAAGUGCAGGUCCCCGGUUUUGGGGCCAUGGGCUUGAGCUCUGCCAUGGGGAAUGAUCUCAGCUACGACCAGGCUGAGCCAGUCCUGCUCAAGGCCGUCGAGCGCGGUUGCACAUUCUGGGAUACUGCCGUCGCAUACAAGAACGGCGCCAACGAACAGCUUCUCGGUGACUUUGUCAAGAAGCACAAUGUGCGCGACAAACUCUUUGUCGCAUCCAAGUGCGGAUUCGACGUCUUUGGCCCGCAACGCACGGUGACGAAUUCGGCAUCCCACAUCAAGGAGUAUAUUGAGGGUACAAUCGACAGGCUCGGCUUCACCCCUGAUCUGUACUACCUGCACAGGAUCGACCCGAUUGCGAAGAUUGAUGCCAUCCAAGCUGAGUACUCGGCUUUCGAGACUAUCCAUGAGACAAACGGCCUCAUCGAGACUGCUAAGGAGCUUGGCGUUGCUUUUGUGGCAUUCAGCCCCCUCGGACACGGCUGGCUUGUUGAUGACUUCCCUUUUAAGUCUCCCGACGACUUUGGCCCAACCGAUUUCCGACGCACCGUGCCCAAGUUCCAGGGCGACAACUUCUACCGCAAUAAGGCCAUUGUCGACGAGAUCAAGAAGCUGGCCACGGUCAAGGGAUGUACGGUGGCUCAGAUUGCACUGGCCUGGGUCGCCGCCCAAGGCCUCAUCGCCAUCCCCGGCACGACCAAGGCCUCUCGCUUGGAUGAGAACUGGGAUUCGCGCAAGGUUGUCCUUACUAAGGACGAACUGAAGGAGAUGCGUCGCAUCGUUGAUGAGGCCAAGCCGGUCGGUGCGAGAUUCGCCCCUAUCUUCGAGUCCAUGGUUGGACACUAG